UUUGUUGCAAUAAUGGCGCACUCCAGUCAAGAUGGUGAAAUUGAAGCUGAUGGUGCAUGGUCAUCCAUGCCUAAUCGUGUGAAUUCCUUCAAACGUUUCCCCCGUACUGAAGAAUUUCCAGCUGAGCGAUUGGCCCGGGCAGGCUUUUAUUUUACAGGUCAGGCAGACAGGGUGCGUUGUUUCAGCUGCCAUGCGACAGUGGAAGACUGGAACAGAGGGGAUACUCCACUGAAGAGACAUCAGCAAGCAUCUCCCAACUGCAGGUUCCUCAGAUGUGCUCACGGUGUGAGAAGCCCCAACUUCAUUGAAAGCCCUGCUUACGACGAAGAGGCCGAGGACAGGGAGUUCCAGCUCCGCACAGGAGCGGUGGAGGAUCUGUCCCUUUAUCCCACUGUGCCACACAUGAAGAGCGAAGAAGCUCGGCUGAAUUCUUUCACCGAUUGGCCUGCAGAUGUUCCAGUUCAACCCGAAGACCUGGCAGCAGCAGGGAUGUAUUACAUAGGACCAAAUGACUGUGUGAAGUGCUUCACGUUUAUGAAAAUGUAUGAAAAAUAAUUUUUUUGAAAUUCUUAGGAAGGGUCCUCUUGGUUAGAAAUUGCCUUAUUCCCCCUCUGUAGGUGCUUCAAGGAAAAGUCCCUGUAAUAUGCUGGUAUAGAAAGCAUCAAAUUACUACUAUAAUUUUACCG